GUAGUAUCGCAACCAUCGCGAUCAACGCGACCAUCUUGCCCAAUCGCGAUGGCGGAGAAGAGGAGACUUUCGAGCCGAGUGCGAACUCCGGCCACCAAACACCGACGUGUCACCCCCGAUCCCUCUUCUCGCAAACUAUCCAGUACACGAAGUCGAAGAUCCAACGCCGCGCCGCGAACACCCAAAGAACCUUCUCCCUCGCCUCCGAAGCCAGAAAUCCUUCCUUCGAAAAUCACCGCUGAACCGCUACCGACAACGUCUACUCCCCAGGAUCCCGAAGAUGUGCAGUCAUUCCAGACCGUACGCGAAAGCGGAGUUCUUGCGGAAUCCCUCCGCCGUUCACGCCACAAAUGGACACAUGAAGCCACACUCGAUCGAUGGUGGGCGAAAAGAAAACAAGCCGAUAUCGUUUAUCUCCACAACGAACAGCCGGGCCAGAAGAAGAGAAGCAUGAAAGAAUGGGCGAAAGGGGUGAAGGUUACCAUUGAGCCACACAUAUUCCAAGCCAAUCUUUACGUGGUGCGCAUGGACGCUCUCCCUGGCGAACGCAUUCUGACCGAAACGGCCCCCGUACCAUACGGAUCUCCUUUCUACUCGGGGUAUCCAGCAUCUCCCACUCCUGGCCAAUAUCACUACCACCGACCGCCUCCGUACACCGUCGCGCCAGCGCAGCAUGGUACUCCCAAGACACCGAUUUCCACCCCCGGUCCUUCUUUUCUCGCCCAGGGACAAUCCACUCCCAUCCGGUCGGCUCAGCAGCCUUCAAUAAGCCGUGGCCCCAUGCCACCGAGACCGCCUCCACAGCAACCGCCUCCACAGCAACCGCCUCCACAGCAACCGCCUCCACAGCAACCGCCUCCACAGCAAGCACCUCCGCAGCAGCCUCCGCAGCAGCCAAGCCAUCAGGCGAGGAGCAACGUCCCCGAAAACGCCCCUCACCAUGCGGCAGCCCCGACACCCCCUGCUUCACAACCGCCUCCACCUGCGCCAACACCAAGUCCCGCUCCGUCCCAGCAACCAGCACCCGAUCCGGUCAUCCACAUGCUGGCACAACGAGCCAGCACCAACAUGGAGCUCAAGCAGGUGAUGAGGAUUGUCGCGUCAGGGAACGCCAAUCCGUCGCAGCUGGAGUACUUCCAGCGGCACAUCGAUGAGCUGUCGGCAAUUGUCAAGGCGCGUGGUGGGCAUACUGCACAUGGUACACCCACCCCAGCUCCUCCAGCUAGCUCCCACUCGCCAACCCCCACAUCUGCACAGAGCAAGACGAAUAUGCCAACCCCUCCGGUGCAAACACCGGCUCCUGCUCCACAGCCAGCCCCUGCAUCGGUGAAAACGCCGGCCCCGCCUCCCCCAGCGGCUCCGCCAGCGCCACCACGCCAGCCCAGUGCUUCCAAUCCGUUCUCACACCCCCUCCCCUCCCCCGCCCCUCGACCGCCACCUCCACCAACCAUGCAACAUCCACAACAAAACCCUUUCGGAACCCCGUCUUCAUUGCCAUAUGCUUACCAAGGCCCGCAACAAGCUCACGUUUACCGUCAGCCGCUUCCUCCGCGCCCGAGAAUCGUUCGACCGCCCGCGAACGAUGGACCGGUCCAUCUCCUGAUAGAAUUCGAAGAGAAUACGAACGACCGAUGGCUCUUUCCUCGGAUGAGCAUCAUUGAGUACCAGCCGGGAUUUCGCGCGGCGACCGCUUCCUUUCUGAUCCUCCGUGACUUGGACGGCAAACCGAUCCGCGAAAAACGACGGGUCGCAGAACCCGCCACGCCAGCCGUGAAGCCGGAAGCUGUAUCAGCCGCAUCGCAGAACACACAGUCAAAUCACACGCCCAGUGCAGCUGACCCCGGCGCUAGCGCGACGCCCUCGAAGCACACUCCGCAAGGGGCUUCCAAUGCGUCUUUGGCCAUCAAGCCUGAAGUUCCAGCCCCGGCACCCCCACCUCCCACUCAUCCACCCAGCCCCUUGAAACCGCAAGGCAUCCCAGAGCUCGACGUCGAUGGUCCGUUCUACUAUCAGCCCGUCACCAUCCGAUUCUUCGCCGAGGACGAGACCACCUUUGUACUCUCGGCGUUGUCGCGGGCUGUGGCGCCGCAGAAGGAUGUGCGGGAAUACAUGGAGAUGGUGUUCGCGAAAGGGACACGUGCGCCGGAUCGAUUCCUGCCGUUGCGUUUGCCCAAGGCGGAGGAUGGAGAUGGCAUCUAAAUCAUGCGGCUACAAAGGUGUAUGGGUGUUGACAGACGGCCAGAUUGGGUUUGUCGUUAUUAAAGCGUGUGUAUAAACAGUAUCAGACUGCGUUAGACGAAACCCGAUGUAUUUUUUAAGAAAACACGGUCUUAAGAAGAGCUAAAGAGCUCUUGGGCAAGAAUAAAUGAGGAAUGGAAUGAAUACGUACCUUUCAACCCCGGAACAAGAAAUGGUUGAAGGGGAUGGAGGCUUUGUUACAGUAUAUGCAAUCGUUGACGACGGAGAGACUAAGUGCCUAUCAACACAAGACAUGCAAGGAUUAUUAGACGCAAGGAUUGCAUUGAAAAUUAUAUGUAUAAGGUAAGAGUAUCCUACUGGUUAGGGCUCCUCAAUCACGCCCAGAAAACUCAAAUUAACCUCCAUCCAUUCUUUAAACGUUUCAGCGAAGGUAGUUCUUCUUUACC